AUGUGGUGGGGGGAGUUUGAAAGAGAAAGCACCGGUGCAAUUCCACUGGCUGUGGAGAAGGGGAGGUCUUUAUUACCCACAGACCGAGACUGAAUCAGUCCAGUACAGUUGAAGCCGGAGACUGACGCGAUCGAGACAACAAGACGCCGGCGGAUGCUUACAGAGUAACGAAUGCAUCCUGACCGCAUUCACAGCGUUUAGAAUGUAUUAAUGAUGUCUAUUCCGUUACUGUAGCGGUUCUCCAUCUAUUACAGGCAGUCGCUGCUAAAAGGAUUCAUCUGACGGUCGCUAUUGAUGGACGUGCAAACGGAUAUGAUAUUGUACGUCAACGUUCGCCUUAUUUUUCCGAGGACCGUGGGGAGAUUCUGCGCACUGCAGUAAGGCUACAUUCAGCAUUGCACGCGAUUGGAUUGUGGAUGUGAUGGAUAUUGAAUGUUUGUCUGCAAACGAGGAGCUCGGAUUUGGGUUUGCAUUGAAAACAAAGUUUGCUUGCAUGAAAAACCCCAACUGAGUUGAUAACGUGUCUGCUGCUCCUCAUCUUGUGUGACCGAGUGGUUUCGAAACCACUGUAUCCUUCAACAGAUGAGAAGCGAUCAACUUCAGUUGCCUGCACUGGGGGAAAAGAAUGGUGUUUAUGGCCGAAAUCACAAGGCAUAUCGGAAUCAUCCCACAAAAAUAAUCACCCAGCCUGGAAUCGUGAUGAAAGUGUUGCGGAGAAAAAGAAUCGUACUGUUUAUAGCGUAUUUUCUGCUGUUAGUUCUCACCAUGCUGAACUUGGCUAACUACAGGUGGACUAAAGAACCUCAACAGUGUAAUCUCCAGAUGAGAAGCACUCCGUAUCAGGGCAGGUCAGACAUUCGGUUCCUUUACGGACCUUCUCUUGCUAAGAAGAGACAACUCGUUUAUGUUUUGACCACAUGGAGGUCCGGCUCAUCCUUUUUCGGAGAGCUGUUUAAUCAACACCCAGAGGUUUUCUUUCUGUAUGAACCGAUGUGGCACAUCUGGCAAAAGCUGUACCCGGGUGAUGCUGUGUCCUUACAGGGAGCAGCGAGGGACAUGCUAAGCUCGCUGUACCGCUGUGAUCUUUCAGUUUUUCAGCUGUACAACAGCCCUGGGGGCAAAAACUUCACCUCCCUUGGACUUUUUGGGGCCACGCUUAAUAAAGUCAUCUGCUCGUAUCCUCUUUGCUCCGCUUAUAGGAGAGAAGUGGUUGGGAUGGUGGAUGACAAAGUGUGCAAAAAAUGUCCUCCACAAAGCCUCGGGCUCUUAGAGGAAGAAUGCCUUAAGUACAACGCUAUAGUCAUAAAAGGGGUCCGGGUUCUGGAUGUCAACGUUUUGGCACCCCUUAUGGAGGAUCCGUCUCUGGACCUCAAGGUGAUUCACCUUGUGCGAGAUCCCAGAGCCGUGGCCAACUCCAGGAUCAAAUCGAGGCACGGGUUGAUCCGUGAGAACUUGCAGGUGGUCAGAAGCAGGGAUCCCAAACUCCGUCGGGUACCCUUUGUGGAUCCUGGCCACAAAAUGAGCAAAAAGGACGGCGCAGAUUACCAUUCAGUUGGAGCUAUGGAGGUAAUAUGUGAUCGGACAUACAGGAGCCUGAGGACUGCCUUAAAUCCUCCCAGCUGGCUGAAAGGGAAAUACAUGGCGGUGCGCUAUGAGGAUCUGGUGGAAAACCCUGUCAAAACGCUCCGGAAUGUUUAUCAAUUUGCUAAUCUCAGUGCAAACCUUGACAUCGAGUCUUUUGCUCUUAACAUGACGAAUGGCACAAGCUCUUCCUCAAAGCCAUUUAUUGUGUCUGCCAGGAAUGCCACACAGGCGGCUAGUGCAUGGAGAACAGUGUUGAGUAUUCAACAGAUAAAACAAGUAGAGGAGUACUGCCAUCAUGCAAUGGCCAUCCUGGGUUAUGAACGUGUGAGAACAGCUGGAGAAGCAAAAGACUUGAGUAAAUCUUUAUUGACUGCUUCCAAACUGUGACGGAGUUCCAGAGAUAGCUUUUCAAUGUCCACCUGAAACGGAGCACCAGCUCAGUAACUGUGGAUGUGUUUAUUCAUAUCAAAGUGCUUUCGAAGGAUUUCACAAUCUCUUUAUGGAGCGUCAUAGCUUUUUGUGGUCAUUCAAUAGCACAGGUGCUUUUCUAAAUGGACCUGUAGAUGUUUGAUACAGCUGCAUCUGCAUUUGUAAACCACAACUGAAAAAUGUAUAUUGUACAAACCAAAUGCUACAUUGUAAUUUUUUUCCUCCCAAAAUUGAUACUUAAGGUUGUUUGGAAUGUCUGUUUUUGGGUUUCAAUUUAUUUGUUGUGUUUAAAAUUGAGAAAUGAAACCGGAAAAUGAGCAACAAAAUACUGAUCAAAGUUGUUAUGCAGAGUGCAGGUAAUGCUGUUUCUUUAAAAUCAAUUUGAAGACAAUCAUUACAUUUCACAGUCUUCACACUUUAUGAAUGCCAGUGUUAUGUGUUAUGUAAGGCAUACUUCUCAUUUUAUCAAAUAAAAAAAAUAAAGUAAUGCAUUGCAAAAAUUUUAAAGGCUUUAAUUUUACUGCUUAGUUA